AAACCCAUUCUAGUCCAAUUUUUGAACAGUUGUAUUGGAGUGGAUGUAACUAGUAAACGGAUGGAAUUGGUAGUUGAGCUAAAACUCGUGGAAUGGAUUACCUAAACCUUUAACUAAUUUACUUAAUUAUUGUCUCAUACAUAACAUCGGUAAACAAAACUGAAAACUCUAUUCUCCUUGUCCUUGGUCGGAUAAGAUAUUCGUUUUUCAGUUUUCCGUUAAAAUAUAUACAAAUUUUAUAUUCUCCAAUAAUUGAUCAAGAAUAUAUAUACCUUCAUAUUUAUUUAUAUAUUACCACUACUCUUUCAUGUCUCCUUCCAUUUUUUAUUUGUCUUUAAAUACUAUUCCAAUCUCAAACGAAAGAGUAUUUUGUCUCUUUCUCUUUCUUCUUCAUUUUCAUCAUCCUCUUCAAUCAUUUCUGUUUCUUUUCUUCUGUUCGAUUCAUUGCUCUCUAUACCAAACUUUAUUUUGUUCUUUUUAACAUUAUUAUAGUAGUGUUUCGGUUCUUUAUAUAAGUAGAAAUAUUUUUAUUGUUGUGUUUGAUUUGAGCAUGGCUACAAGAUUCAAAGGGAUUUAUAACAAGAGCUUCAAAUGUUUCUCCGACAUUUUUGAUGUGGAGGAGGAGGAAGAGAUGGAAAUUGGUUAUCCGACUGAUGUUCGACACGUGUCACAUAUCGGUUGGGAUAGUUCAUCCAGUAGUGCACCUAGUUGGCUACAUGAAUUCAAGACGAGCAACAACGUUUUAGAGCCAAACUCAUCGUGGCCAUUUCAAGAUUUGAAAUCAGCGAUGGAGGCAUUUGGAGAAGUUGAAAGCAGCAAAGAAAUGGAAAGAGAAUCACCAAAACAAAACCUAAAGAAGAAACUCUCUUUAAAAGCUUCUCUAUUGUGUAAUACAUGGUCACCAAGAUUCUCAAGAUCAAGCAAGGUCCUUGCUUAAUUAUUUUUCAUUUCAAUUUCCCAUGCCAUUGUUUAUAUAAUAAUAUAUAGAGCAUAUAGUGAGAUAUCAAUCUUAAUGUUUUCAUUCGAGAUAUGUCUUUUCAGAAGUGUGUACAAAUUAAUUUUCAUAUUGUCUUUGCAAUGAUAUUGGAAUGGUUUCACUAA